AUGAGCAGUUUACUAUCGUCUUAUGAGUCUGACUUUAAAACAACUCUAGAGCAGGCCCGCACGCUUCUUUCAGUCGCGCCCUCCCAGCCCGUAUCUCAAAGGAACAGCACACUGAAAGAAAUUGAGCAACAACAGGAUGAGCUCCUAGACCUGAUCGACCAAAUGGAUAUUGAGCUCAACAACACUUCGCUAGAUGGAAGUGCGAAAGCCUCGUUCAAGGCCAAAUUGCGUGACUAUAAGAAGCGGGUGCAAUCAGAUGUGAAAUUGCCCCUGCAACAACUGGUAGACUCCAGAAACCGUGACAUGCUGUUCGAGGGAGCUGGUAUACCUCAAUCUGGUGAAACCGAUGAGCAAAGACAGCAACUUUUAUCUAGUCAUGCCACCUUAUCCCGGACGGGAGACAAGCUCAGAGAUGCAACGAGAAUGGCAGUGGAAACCGAAGGAAUUGGAUCUCAAAUUAUGAUGGACCUGAGGUCACAGAGGGAAACCUUAGAAAAUGCAAGACAGACGCUAUUUCAAGCAGAUUCGUAUGUGGAUAAGAGUAUAAGAACUUUGAAGACCAUGAGCAGGAGACUCGUUGCCAACAAGUUUAUCAGUUAUGCGAUAAUUGCAGUCUUGAUUCUCCUAAUUUUGCUUGUUUUGUUUGCUAAAUUCAAGUGA